AUGGCCUCCAAUUCGUCUUCACCACUCUUAUUUGCCCCCCUACACGUUGUCGGAUAUAUUCUCGAGCACUUAGAUUCAUUUGAGCAGCUCGGUCAAGCCAUCUCGAGUCAUCGCAUCUUUUACAAUGCAUUCAAAGAAUACCCUCGCUGCGUUGCCCAGGCUGUCAUUACUACGCAGAUUCCCGAGAAGGUUUUACUGUAUGCAUUGCUAUCAGUCGAGACUAACCGAAUAACGCCUGGAGACUUUCAAACUCUGAAAGAGAUCAUCGCCCGCUUCUACCCAAUCAACGGUUAUGGAGGUGACCGUCCGGCUAAUGUGAGCUACUACCAGGACGAGGUCUCAGAAGCAGCCCUUGCCAGCCCUGCGUUGUUGCUAAACAAACUCUCGUGGUCUGAAUAUGUCUCCCUGAUCCAAGAUUACGAGGCAGUCUUGCUUUUAGGUCAGGCAAUGGCUCAAGAAUGCGUAGCCAAAUUGGGUUCGUUUGGUAUCACUCGUACAGGUCCACUCACAGCUGAGGAGAGAUUCCGCCUGGAUAGAUCCUUUUACCUUUUCCAAGCAAUCUGCAAUACCUUUUGUACUGAGGCAUGGCCCAACGGAGGCUGGAUCUACAACCAGAAAGAUUAUUUGGUGCCACAUGAAGACUGGCGUGAUGAAUAUGCUGCAGAAGUGCUUUCCUGCUGUUUCUCGCCGUGGGUCAAUCAUCAAGUGCAAAGUGUAUACCGCUUUCUCGAAAGCAAUAUCGUGACCGCCUUUCGUUACAUUGCUGAAAACGAUGUCGGAUAUGCUGGCUGGAAACUUAGACAUUCGAGUGUCUUUCAGGAUUGUCUCAGGCACGAUGAGCUGUUCACCCGAGGUCUUUGUUUCCACGCAAAUGUAAAACAGGCAGAGGACUACGAGACCAGAUCGAAGCUACUGAAACCGCCCUCGAAUCCCGAUUGGCGAUGGGACGUGGAUCGACUCUCAGAGGUCUUCCGCUCAUUGACCUAUCCAUCAAACGCAAUUGUGCAACUGCUACAAUCCUCGGACAUGCGGGUCGGAGAGCUCGGCGAUUCCUUAGGUUUUCUUCAGGGGACACAGGAUGGAGAAUUCGAUAAUUUGGAAUCGCAGUCAUGUCGCAGCUGGAAGUACGCUUACCGCCACUGUGACUUCAACGGCUAUGGACUCACUACAUAUACGUCCUGGCUUCUGGAGUGUGCAUACGUCAUGUGGGACUUACAUGGGACUUCUGAUAGCCUUUUGUCUGAACGACUUAAUGUGAUGAUGAUGGCUAACUUCCCUCCUGAGGCAGAAAUGUGUGACGAGGAAUAUAACGAAUUCAUUCGUUCCCGGACGCAGCGGGAGCAGAUCUAUUCGCGUGGUGGCGAAGGUUGGUGGCCUACCAAGGGGGUCGACUUCAGCCGGGUUACCAGGCUUACAGACCAAGACAAGGAAGAGCUACUCAGUGAAUGGAGGGAGAAUGGUUGGGUGGAACCGCUGAAGCGUAAGAGAAGCGGCAGCUCUAGCUCUUGUUCUUCAGUCCAGUCUACCGUAAUUGUCAGCCGGCGUUACACUUAA